AUGGCUAACUGUAUGUUUUUUCACACUCAAAUAGCCUCCAUCAUGGAGGUGCUAGCGAAUGCAGCCGUGGCAGACAUCUGUAAACUCGUAGACGACGACUAUGCAGUGUUUCGUUUGGAAAUCACUAAAAGCCAAAAAGAAAACAGGGCAAUGCGGAGGAAACUACAGCUACUUGAACUGAAGGUGGCACGGGACCGCGCAGAGAGGACAACACGAAAGCGCGUCCUCGACAGUCGCCCCAGUAGUGUCAAGAUCCUCGACCGAUACAGAGGAAUGGCAAGAGGUGGAGGACAUCUCAUUGGAGGCCACAGGAGCUUUGUGAAGCCAGCAGAACACAUCUCGUGGAGAAAUGACCGACCCAUAGCUGUAGAUGAGGGGAGUGUAACCUCAACCCAGCAUGUUAUUGUGAUAGAGUCUGCAGAUGCAGACGCUGCAGGUUAUGGAGGAUCGUCUCUGGUCAAGCAGGAGAGGACUGAAGGAGAGGACCCACGACACAGUAGAGACAUCCAGACUGGAGAAGAGGCUGGCGUAGCGCCCCAUGUAGCCACAAAGAUAAUCGCCGCCUCACCCCAGCCCAGGACCCGAUGCAGCAUCACGGAGCUCAGUGGAACGCUAAAUGCCGUCCUCAAGUCAGAGACAGACACAGAGACUUUAACUGUAACACACAGGCUUUUACACACAGGAUCUGACCACAGAUCAGACACAGAGAGACUGCAGCUGGGACCACUGGGCUGUCAUCCUGCUCCCGGCUCAGAGUAUUUACUUUACGGUAAUCCAAACCCGAGGACUGUUCAUUCCCAUCGGGACUCAGGUGACGUGUUAGAGACUGGCAAUGAUCCGUCUUGUUCUUACACUACAGAGAUGGACCCUGGCAACAUAUCCUUGGGUUUAGAGACACAGACUGAUCUGUCUAGAGGGGACUGGAACCAGUACAGUAGUAGUGUAUACUCUGAAGGGUGCCUAGAUAAGAAAGAGGAGGUUAUAGUCUUAGAUGAGGUGACUGUGAAAGUGGAGGACGACGCUCCUCUGACAUGGAAUGUAGACGAGCCUCACUCAGGAGAAGGACACUCACAAGGCAGAGAUUUAUUAGAUUACAAGGAAAGCUUGGAGACAAAUCCAUAUGUUUUGACCCACUCCCCUUUACACACGCUCAGGGGUCGCGACCCAGUGUCCAUGUCGAUGGGGGCUUCCGAUCAGGUAUUGAACUCAAACAACAGGGCUAGAGCCGAGACUCAGGGAGGGGGAGCCACAUCAGACAAUAGUAAAGAUAAACCGUUCCUCUGCAUGCUCUGUAACAAAGGCUUCAGCUGCCUCCAGAAGGUGGAGAUCCACCAGAGGGUCCACACAGGGGUGAAACCCUUCAGCUGUACCCAGUGUCACAUGUGCUUCGCUCAGGCUGGUGACCUGAAGAGGCAUCACAGGGUCCACACAGGGGAGAAACCAUUCAGCUGCCAUCUGUGUCAGGCCAGUUUCUCACACUCUUCCAACUUGAAGAGGCACCUGAAGGUCCACACUGGAGAGAGGCCAUUUGCCUGUACGCACUGCGGGAAGAGGUUCUCAGAGAGGAGAUACCUCAGGAUACACCAGCAGAAAAACCAUUCCACUGUAUAACAUAGAAAGUAACCAUUCCACUCGAUAGCUUCUGAUGUUUAGAUCAAACGCUGCAUUAAAGACAAGAUACAUUUUCAUUGUUGUCAGCGGAAAAGAUCCACAGAUGCAUGUGGAAUAAUGAGAGUAACAGAUUUCAGAUUGUUUAAUAUUCCUGGGUAGAAUAUUGCAUCCAGACAUUGUGUGAUAUAUAUUGUGUUUGUACUGUGUAGGCUGUUUGAUGUUCACAAAUGCCUGUUUCAUUACUUCCAUUCAACUACUUAAUUAUAUUCUCAAGACUUUUAAUGAGAAAAUUAAUGCAGUUUAUCAAGUUCAUGCAGAUGUUUUGCUGUGUAUGUGUGGUUUUCAUAUGGUGUAUUUGAAUUGUGUUUUAUUUAGUUAACACAAAAUGGGACUUUUCAUUCUGACUUUCAUUGAAUCUCUUUUUAGUAUACAUCACAUUUGAUCUCACCCUUUUCUGCAUAACCAGGCAGUGCUUUAUAACCAAUACAGGGACAGAAAGUAGCCUAUGAAUGGGAGGCUAGGAGCCAUUUGCAGUGCCUUCAGAAAGUAUUCACACCCCUUGACUUUUUUCACAUUUUGUUGUUACUGCCUGAAUUUAAUAUUUAUUUUUUGUCACUGGCAUACACACAAUACCCCAUAAUGUCAAAGAGGAUUUAUAUUUUUGUGGAAAUGUAAUACAUUUAUAUAAAAUGAAAAGUCUUGAGUCAAUAAGUAUUCAACCCCCUAUAAUGGCAAGCCUAAAUAAGUUCAGGAGUAAAAAUGUACUUACGAAGUCACAUAAUGAGUUGCAUGGACUCACUCUGUGUGCAAUAGUAGUCUUUAACAUUAUUUUUCAAUGACUACCUCAUCUCUGUAUCACACACACAUAUAUUGUCACUCAGUUGAGCAGUGAAUUUCCAACACAGAUUCAACCACAAAAAUCUCUUUGAGCAUGGUGAUGUUAUUAAUUACACUUCGGAUGGUGUAUCAAUACACCCAGUCACUAAAAAGAUACAGGCGUCCUUCCUAACUCAGUUGCCGGAGAGGAAAGAAAGCACUCAGGGAUUUCACCAUGAGGCCAAUAGUGACUUUAAAACAGUUUAAAACAGAGUUUAAUGGUUGUGAUAGGAGAAAACUGAGGAUGGAUGAAAAGCAUUGUAGUUACUCCACAAUACUAACCUAAUUGGAGUGAAAAGAAGGAAGCCUGUACAGAAUACAAAUAUUCCAAAACAUGCAUCCUGUUUGCAACAAGGCACUAAAGUAAUACUGUAAAAAAUGUGUUAUGUUUGGGGCAAAUCCAAUAUAGCACAUUACUGAGUACCACUUUCCAUAUUUUCAAGCAUAGUGGUGGCUGCAUCAUGUUAUGGGUGUGCUUGUAAACGUUAAGGCCUGAGGAGUUGUUCAGGAUAAAAAAUGUAUGGAAUGGAGCUAAGCACAGACAAAAUCCUAGAGGAAAACCUGGUUCAAUCUGCUUUCCACCAGACACUGGGAGAUUUAUUCACCUUUCAGCAAGACAAUAACCUAAAACACAAGUCCAAAUCUACACUGGAGUUGCUUACCAAGAAGACAGUAGCCCAGUUAAAGUUUUGACUUCAAUUUGCUUGAAAAUCUAUGGCAAAACCUGCAAAUGGUUUUCUAGGCUUGAAGAUUUUGGAAAUUAAUAUUGGGCAAAUAUUUCACAAUCCAGGUGUGGAAAUCUCAAAGAUUCAGCUGUAAUUGCUGCCAAAAGGUGCUUCUACAAAGUGUUGACUUAGGGGUGUGAAUACUUAUGUAAAUGCGAUAUUUCUGUAUUUAAUUUUCAAUAAAUUAGAGAGCAUUUCUAAGAACAUGUUUUUACUUUGUCAUUAUGGGGUAUUUUGUGUAGAUUGGUGAGAAACAUAUUUUUUUAAUCAAUUUUGAAUUCAGGCUGUAACACAACAAAAUGUGGAAUAAGUCAUGAGGUGUAAAUACUUUCUGACGGCAAUGCACAUAUUUUGUGUCCUCCACCACCACGGCAGUCGUGGACAUAUUUUAGGAAUUCCAGAGGACCCGCAACACAUCAACCUUCUGAGUUUGCGGAAUUUUCAUGACACUUACUGUAAGCAUAAAAAGAUAAGAAAAUAAAUUAACUAUUGGCAUAAUGUGGGCACCAAUUAAACAUUUUAAGAAAGAGGAUACCAAAAUCAGAUAUUAGUUUGAUAAUGUCAAUUUUGAACUCCUCUCUAAAUGGUAAAGUUUUGCUUAAUCCUAAUACAUGUUGUUAUAUUCAAAAAACGUUUUCUUAUAAACACACCGCUCGAUAAUCCUGAGGACAUUGUCAUGGACAGAGUUUCCCCAAUUGAUGACAGAUUGGCAGUCUUAAAAAAAGAAAGGUAAAUGCAAAAAUUCAAGAAUGUGUAAAGUGACAAU